AUGAUGAGUUCUGCGACAUGGAACGGACAAGACCAAACAAUGGCGUCAACCGGAGAGGAUGAUUUUCACCAGUUCCUCGAUAUGAGCGCCAUGGGAGGCCUGGGCGAUAGCAUGCACUUCGACUUCCAAUCCUUUCAAGAUAGUUCGGCGCAGGGCCUCAUAAAUCAAACGCGCGAUGCUCCCGACACAAUAAUGACCGACAGCGACAACCCGGGCUUGAUGGCCACGGCUAAUGCGAUGCCAAUGUCAACGUCUACUAGUCAAUCAACUAUCCCGGCCCAUAUGAUGACGCCCGCGAGCGACCCCAUUUCCAACAUCGACGCCCAGAUUCAGUAUCUUCAGCAACAAAAGUUUCAACAACAGCAGCGGCAAUUACAAGAGCAGCACGCGGCUUUCUUCCAUAGCCACAGCCACAACCACUCAGUGCCUCCUACACCGCAAAGUCUUGAGAUGCCCAACAGCGGCCAGUUCUACUCCCAGGCUGAGCAAAUGCCAUCAUCAGGUGCUUACGAUAGAGGCUAUCACCAACGCAUGAAGGAGCAAGAUAUGGCAUUUACGCCCCUUGUCUCUCCUGCGGUUACACCUCUAGAUCCUAACUUCUCGAUGGACAAUGGCUAUACUAUUCCCAACACCUACUUUAGCCCUCUGACUUCACCAGCUCUGCAUGCGCAAAACGACUCCUCUACAAUUUACGAUCCACGCCACACUAAUACCAAUAAUUCGCCAAUUGACGUGGAUCUUGAUAGAUCUGCUGGUCCUGUUGCAUCUGUCUUGGAUCUACCUAAGAAACCUGCAAGGAAAAAGGCCGCAACUAAGUCUCGAGCCAAGACCAGCAUCCGAAGCUCUCCUAUUGUGAAGCCUCAGCGUCGGAGAAUUGGACCCAGCCCGGCUAUUGUCUCCCAGGUACUAAGCGAGGUCGAAGAGAACAACGGCUCACUUCUUCCCAUGUCCGCGACUUCAACCGAGACCUCGGCAGAGGAGAAUUCAUCAGUAUCACCUGAAGCUCUCUUGGAGAUGCCCCCACCUCCAAUUCCCAACAGGAGAUCGACAAGCAAAUCGCCAUAUAUUCAAGCGCAAUUGAGCAACCAGCAGACGCCUGUCUCGGCCCCUAUGGACUUGCACCCGGCCCCAGCUACUCCAGCGUCACUCAUGAAACUACCGGCAUCCAGGACAAACAAACAGGCCACAGGACAUACCGAACCUAUGGUUUCUGAGCAUAUCGAAUCGCUCGAGUUACCUGAGUCGGUAUCCAGCAAGACUAUGACCCCGGUUAUCUCGCGCUCUUCCGUGCAGUCUUCUUCUCUAGAGCCUGCAUUCGGCAAGGGAUCCAGCUUUCAGCCAUUGCCAUCUCCUGUAUUCCCCAAACGUUCAGGACCGGCCUCGGCUAGUGCGAGCCCUCAACUGGCUCCCGGAUCGACAGGCCCAUCUGCACGCAGAACUCCUCAGCUCGCCCCCAGAGCAGGCAGGAAACGAUCAACGGGUUCUGUCCACGUCUCACCCGCUCUGUUGCCCAGAAUCUCUCCCAGUAUCAAGCCUCUGCUACCUGGUACCCCUGGCAUGACGCCAGCGGAAAGUGCUGCCUCACAGCUACUAAUGUCCAAGUCCAAUUACCAGAACAUUCUAGAGGGUAACAAGGUCCCGGGUGUGUCGUACCCUAGCGAGCUUUCAACAAAUCUCACAUCAAAGCGAACAUCACACAAGAUCGCGGAGCAAGGACGCCGUAACCGAAUCAAUUCAGCGUUGCAGGUCAUGGCUGGGCUCUUACCCGGAGGAGACAAAGCGAAUUUGAUCGAAGAAAGCGACAAGAAGGACGGGAAGCAAGCGAACGCGCAGAACAGCAAAGCCAGCGUGGUUGAGAACGCCAUCGCACACAUGAAAACCCUGGAGAAAGAAAAUGCGGAUCUGAAGAAGGAAAUGGAGGAACUGAAAAAGCAACUGGAAGGGCUGCAAGGGUCGACGGACGACAAACAAUGA